GAAGUUCGAGUCAAACCAGUUCCAUUUUCGCUUUCGUGAGGCGCGCACGCAUUUCAAAUUUGGAAUCCUCACGGGAUUUGAAAAAAAUAUUACAUUGCGUUGUUGCGUUUAUUGACGGCUAGUGUUUCUUGUUUAUUAUGUGCAAUAAAAGUUGUAUUUUUUAUCUUUAGUGUCAAUAUUAGUGAAUUAAACAAAUUAGGUUGUGUUUCGUCACUGCUUGGGUAUUAUUUUUAGAAUUGUUAAAGUCAGUUGGUGGGACUGGUCUUAAUUUAGCGGUGCACAUGAGUGUAAACAGCGAUCAAAGGAGUGCCAAUUAAAAAUGAGAAAAAAAAGAAAACCAGGAAAUAAAUAAAAACAACAAAAAAGUGUCCUCACAAGCAUUUAUUACUAUAAUCAUCAUAUUGUUAAAAGUUGUGUAAAAAGCCAGAUAGGGACUGGAUUAAAAAAAAAAGUAAUUAAGAAAAAAGAAAAUCUUCAACGAAAAAUAUUGAGAGUUGAGUGCACCAUAAAAACAACUUACUCGAAUACGAAAACAAACUUCGGGCCUUUUUAAUCGUAAAACAAAUAAGUAAUCGACGUUUAAAAGUGAUUGCCUUUGUUUGAACAUUUUUGGGACUGCCGCCUUUUCAAGUUUAUUUAGCUGCACCGCAUCCACACGGGGACGACUUGAGAAACAAAACAGUGAAAGAACAAACAAAACUCGAUAGUAUCUUCAAGACUACCUAUAAAUAAAUAUAGCGUUUCCAAAAAUUACUGGCUGAUGAUAAUAAUAAUUUUAAAAAUAAAAAGUGCAUUUAAUUUUCCUGGCCCUCACCUAAAAUUAAAAAGUUAAACUGUCAGCUUGACAAUUGUGUAGUGUUUAUAUACUCUGUGACGAAGUGGUGUCAAAGUGGCAGGAGACGAGCAUCUGGACAUGCUGGGGGGCCCCGAGUGGGGGCAGCGGGAGGCCACCCCCCCUAGAGACGCCCCCCUACCGAGUUUUGGUUUUACACAGGAGCAAGUCGCGUGCGUAUGCGAGGUACUCCAACAAGCGGGCAACAUCGACAGGCUGGGCAGGUUCCUCUGGUCUCUGCCGGCGUGCGAGAGGUUACACGCGCACGAGUCAGUGUUAAAAGCAAAAGCAAUGGUGGCAUUCCACAGAGGGAACUUCAAGGAAUUGUACAGACUUCUCGAAUCUCAUACAUUUAGCGCGCACAACCAUGCGAAAUUACAGAAUUUAUGGCUUAAAGCUCAUUAUAUGGAAGCAGAAAGAUUACGAGGGAGACCUCUGGGUGCCGUCGGGAAGUACAGGGUGCGACGUAAAUUCCCUCUGCCUAGAACGAUAUGGGACGGAGAAGAAACUUCUUACUGUUUCAAGGAGAAGUCCAGAUCAGUUCUCCGGGACUGGUACCUUCACAAUCCAUACCCGUCACCGAGAGAGAAGCGGGAACUGGCCGAAACAACCGGACUUACCACUGUACAGGUUUCAAAUUGGUUCAAAAACAGAAGACAAAGGGACAGACAAGCAGAACACAAAGAUAGUGGCGGCGCCGGCGACAAGCAGUUAGAUUCAUCGACAGACGACGACAGCGACGCGCCCCCCCACCCGCAGCAGUUGGCGCCCCCCGCGCACGCCCCGCAGCCCCUCUACCCGCUCUACGAACACCCUCUAGCUCACCUCCAGUACCAUCACACGUGACCCUACUAACACUCUCUAUAUUGUAAUUAUAUGACACCCUGUAUACUGUAUACAGUAAAUGUGAGAUUAUUGUUAGAGAAAUUGGAAUUUAUAUUUAGUGUAUUUCAAGAUUCGAUCCAAAAUAUUUCAUUUAUUAUUAUAUCACUCAACUAUUAGAAGUAUACGGCUUGCUUAUAAUUAUAUCGCUCAAUUAUUAGUCGUAUAUUCCAUACGGCUAGUCUGAUGCAAAACCCGAACUAUGAAUGGCACCAGGAACUAACAUGAAAU